CCCUGCAGGUGCCAGCCGGCCCGUCUCCAUCCCCUCGUCCAAUUCCACUCGCUUUUCCCGCUGGCAGUAAAACUCCAACUCCCAGGAUGCACGGCGCCAGAAGCGGAAGUGUCCUGUGCUCAAAUUGGCGCUGAUCUAUCCGGGUCCUACGUUCGUCUCUUCCUUUCGCGCCGGUAGCUGAAGAACAGCGCGUCCAUGUGCGCAUCGAUUGGGACUUCAUAGUUCACAGAACCCACCGAAACCGAGCCAUAACCGAACUUAGACAUGGAUCCGAACUCGCUGAUUGAGGCCCUGCGGGGUACCAUGGACCCCAACUUGCGGGAGGCCGCCGAGAGGCAGUUGAGCGAGGGUCACAGCCAGGUGAAUUUCGUCUCCACGCUGCUCCAGGUCACCAUGUCCGAACAGCUGGACCUGCCCGUCAGACAAGCAGGGGUGAUCUACCUGAAGAACAUGGUGACGCAGUACUGGAGCGAGGGGGAGGGCACCAGCGGAGAGGCCCCCGCCACCACCAUCCCCGAGGAGGACCGCCAGUUCAUCCGGGACAACAUCGUGGAGGCCAUCAUCCACUCGCCUGAGCGCAUAAGGGUGCAGCUCACUACUUGCAUUCAUCACAUGAUCAAGCACGACUACCCUGGCAAGUGGACUGCGAUCGUGGAUAAGAUCGGUUUCUACCUUCAGUCCGACAGCAAUGCUUGGCUGGGAAUCCUCCUGUGCCUCUAUCAGCUGGUGAAGAACUACGAGUAUAAGAAGCCGGAUGAGCGGAGUCCACUGGUAGCUGCAAUGCAGAUUUUCAUGCCCAUGCUGAAGGAUCGCUUUAUCCAGCUCCUCCCUGACCCCUCCAGCCAAUCUGUGCUCAUCCAGAAACAGAUCUUUAAGAUCCUGUAUGCACUUUUCCAGUACAACCUGCCCUUGGAGCUGAUUAACCAGCAGAACCUGACGGAGUGGAUGGAAAUCCUCAAGACGGUGGUGGACAGAGAUGUGCCUGCAGAGACCCUGCAGGUGGACGAGGACGACCGACCUGAGCUCCCCUGGUGGAAGUGCAAGAAGUGGGCUCUGCACAUCCUGGCUCGGCUUUUUGAAAGGUAUGGCAGCCCAGGUAACAUCUCCAAAGAGUACACCGAGUUUGCCGAGCUGUUCCUCAAGGGCUAUGCUGUUUCUGCUCAGCAGGUUUUAUUGAAGGUCUUAUAUCAGUUUAAGGAAAAGCAGUAUGUAGCUCCCAGGGUGCUCCAGCAGACGCUGAACUACAUCAACCAGGGCGUUGGACACGCGCUUACUUGGAAGAACCUCAAACCACAUAUCCAGGGGAUCAUUCAGGAUGUGGUCUUCCCCCUGAUGUGUUACACAGACACUGAUGAAGAGCUGUGGCAGGAAGAUCCUUAUGAGUACAUCCGCAUGAAGUUUGACGUGUUUGAAGAUUUCAUCUCCCCAACAACAGCUGCGCAGACGCUUCUCUUCACAGCGUGUAGCAAGAGGAAAGAAGUGCUUCAGAAAACCAUGGGCUUCUGCUACCAGAUGCUCACAGAUCCCACGGUGGACCCACGCAAAAAGGAUGGGGCUCUACACAUGAUCGGCUCCCUGGCUGAAGUUUUAUUGAAGAAAAAGAUCUACAAAGACCAGAUGGAGUUCAUGCUGCAGAACCACGUCUUCCCAUUGUUCAGCAGUGAGCUGGGGUACAUGAGAGCUAGGGCAUGCUGGGUUCUUCAUUAUUUCUGUGAAGUGAAGUUCAAGAGCGACCAGAACCUGCAGACGGCGCUUGAGCUGACGAGACGCUGUCUGAUCAAUGAUAAUGAAAUGCCGGUGAAAGUUGAAGCUGCUAUUGCCCUGCAGGUUCUCAUCAGCAACCAGGAGAAAGCAAAAGAGUACAUCACUCCCUUCAUCAGGCCGGUGAUGCAGGCGCUUCUGCACAUUGUGCGGGAGACUGAGAACGAUGACCUCACAAACGUCAUCCAGAAGAUGAUCUGCGAGUACAGCGAGGAGGUCACGCCCAUCGCCGUGGAGAUGACCCAGCACUUGGCGAUGACAUUUAACCAGGUAAUCCAGACGGGUCCGGAUGAGGAAGGCGGUGACGACAAGGCGGUGACGGCCAUGGGCAUCCUGAACACAAUCGACACUCUGCUCAGUGUGGUGGAGGACCACAAGGAGAUCACUCAGCAGUUAGAAGGUAUCUGUCUGCAGGUGAUUGGAACAGUUCUGCAGCAGCAUGUUUUGGAGUUUUACGAGGAGAUCCUGUCUCUGGCUCACAGUCUGACGUGUCAGCAGGUGUCCCCACAGAUGUGGCAGCUGUUACCACUAGUCUUUGAGGUCUUCCAGCAGGAUGGGUUCGAUUACUUCACAGAUAUGAUGCCUCUUUUGCAUAACUAUGUCACGGUAGAUACAGAUAUGCUUCUGUCAGACACCAAAUACCUUGAAAUGAUCUACAGCAUGUGCAAAAAGGUCCUGACAGGAGAUGCGGGUGAGGAUGCCGAGUGUCACGCAGCAAAGCUGUUAGAAGUCAUCAUUCUGCAGUGCAAAGGGCGUGGCAUCGACCAGGUGGUGCCCCUGUUCGUGGCGGCGGCACUGGAGAGGUUGACGCGGGAGGUGAAGACGAGCGAGCUGCGGACCAUGUGCCUGCAGGUGGCCAUCGCAGCCUUGUACUACAGCCCUGCUCUCCUCCUGAACACGCUGGAGAACCUGCGCUUCCCCAACAACACCGAGCCCAUCACAAACCACUUCAUCACGCAGUGGCUCAACGACAUCGACUGCUUCCUUGGACUGCAUGACCGGAAGAUGUGUGUUCUGGGCCUGUGUGCCCUGAUGGACUUGGAACAGAGACCGCAGGUGGUGAACCAGGUGGCCACACAGCUGCUCCCCGCAGUCAUCCUGCUCUUCAACGGGUUGAAGAGGGCGUACGCCUGCCGGGCCGAGCACGAGAACGACGAAGAUGAGGAUGACGAAGCGGAAGAUGAUGACGAGAACGAAGAGCUGGGUAGCGAUGAAGAUGACAUCGACGAGGAGGGACAGGAGUAUCUGGAGAUGCUGGCCAAGCAGGCUGGCGAGGACGGGGACGACGAGGACUGGGAGGAGGACGAUGCAGAGGAGACAGCCCUGGAGGGGUACACCACGGCUGUGGAUGAUGAGGACAACCCUGUGGACGAGUACCAGAUCUUCAAAGUCAUCCUGCAGAAUGUCCAGACGCGUGAGCCUGCAUGGUACCAGGCACUCACACAGGGCCUAGAUGAGGAACAGGCGAAACAGCUUCAAGACAUCGCCACCCUCGCCGAUCAGAGAAGGGCAGCCCAUGAAUCAAAAAUGAUUGAGAAGCAUGGCGGAUACAAGUUCACAGCUCCGGUGGUACCAUCUAACUUCAACUUUGGUGGCAACGCUCCAGGAAUGAAUUGAGUCGCCCUUUCCCUCUCUUACUCUGUGACUGGUUGUAGUGAAAAAAAGCUUGUGUUGUUCCCUCAAGUAGUGGUUCCAGAGCUGGUUCUUCUCACUCACUCUUCAAUCUGACUGUACUGAAUUGGACUUGGCACCAGAAGAUGUGGGAAAGCAACCAAAUGCCACCUAUGGCUGGGGAAAACUAACCAAGAACUUGAAAAAGCAAAAGAAGAAAUUAAGCUCCGAACUACAUUCUUAAAGAAGUCCGAAUGUGGGAGGGGAUGUCAAGACGGCAGCUUUUUUUUCUUCCACAAAAAUGAAAUAAAAAUCAUUGACAAUAGGACUAAGUAUCUCAUGAAAUUCACAGUAUAGGCUAGAAGGCCACCUUUAAAUUAUACCUGUGGCAGUAGUGUUUGUCUAGAUUUUUGCAUUAUCAAAUUCCCAUGUUUGUAAUGUAUAUAAGCCAAGGUACUAUAGUAGCCUUGGAGAAUAACCUUCGGCAUUUGACAGGUGUAAGCAAGUGUAUUCAUAUGUAGCAUAUUGGAUACUUGUUAUAGCACUAUGUGAUGCCUGAUUAUCUGUAAAUUAAUUAAUAGCACUUUCAUAUUGUUCAGGUCUCCUAGCCUUCUGUAUCAGACUGCAAAUUUGUAAAAUCAAUGGAGAAUAUUUAAAAAGGCAAAUGAAAACUGUAACAUUCUCGCACAAGCAGGCAACUUUUCUGACCUGAUUAUGGCUGCUUGUCUCAUGAAUAUGGUUACUGUGCUGAAUAAUCAGUGGCAUUUCGUUGCUGCUAAAAAAGCAACUCCCUCUGGGUUUUUUUUCCUUUUUUAAAAAAAACGGUGUUAAAUUUGGAUACAAGACAUUGUGUUGUACGCACUUGAAAGUACAUUGGAUACUUCAUUGAAGCAUGUAUAAUCGGACUUGAUAUUGAAGUUCUUGGGUUGAAAUUAUCUCAAGCGCUUGGUUGAUGUAUGGGUGAACCAUCUCUAUAUACAACAAAAUAUUAAAACAACAAAAAUUGGGUUACAUGUUAGUUGUACCUUUUUAAAAUACGAUCCCAAAAAGGAACUUCUCUGCACACUGAGCAGUGUCGGAAAUUCAAGGUCUGCUGAACCAUCUUUUAGUCUGAGGAAGUGCAGAAAGAGGGGAAAUGUGUAGCUGUUCAUGAAAGUAGUAAUCAAAAAUAUCUUCUGAUCUGUGUUUACAUUGCUUACACAAAGAUGAGAAAUAGUAAAACUUCAUAUUCCCCCCUCAAAGUUAUGUCUUUAAAAAACCUGCAGUUUUAAUGCAGAAGCAUAAGUAUGUUGAAGUAGGUCUUGAUAACUGAUCCUCAUAAGGGUUGAUGCCUAAUAUUUUUAAUGGGGGGCCAUCUUAAUCAGGAGAUCUGUUAAACUAAUAUUAAAGGACUCAUUCACAUUGUCCUUAUUAUGUUUAUUGGCUUAUUAUGCUUUAGAUUCUCAUCUGUUGAAUUUCUGACCGUUUCAUCAUCGAAAAAAUCCUCUAGGAACAAGCCCAGCCCAGCUCAUGGAGACUCAGAACUUACCUAACAGGUUUUAUUAGUAGUCAUUACUGGAACCCUAAUUAAUUAAAAAGGUGGAUACAUUUUUAUAUUUAAAACAAACAUCUAAAUACCCUUUAGCCCUUAAUGACAGAGAUUAUUUAAUUAAGCAACCAAUUUAGUCAAUAGGUGUUCUGAAUCUUUACAGAGUAGGAUGCAGGAUUAACUGGAGUUGGGAUUCUCUAGAAGCUAGUGUGGAGCCUAUUGCUCUAGUUUGUUCUCUGUAUUUCUUCAUGAUCAUGGCUCUCCUCAUACCGGUAACAAAUUCACUACUCUUUUAUUUUCAGUUAUUCUGUGAGUAUAACUGUCUGUGGAGCUGAUGCCUAUCUAGGUGUCUUUAAGCUCAUUAUAAUUAUUGUUAUUGUAUUAUUAUUAUUAUUAUUAUUAAGACUCAGUCUUGGGCUGGCUUAAAAGGUUACUUCUCAAAUAGAACAACAAAUACUUAAGUACGUCUGUUAAUGUAGUUUGUGGGUCUGUGAAGAUACCCCACCCCCUCCCCUUGUGAGGAUGAGGGUUCAAUGGAGUAAACCUAUGAACUAGUAACCUAAUCAAUAAGAAAGGAAUUGAUGUGUGGGCCCUACUCCAUACAAGAGGUGUAUGGACUUCACUAGCUUUCCCCCUUCAAACACCUGAUGGAAGAUCAUUAAGUGUUCUGAACCCACUGAAGAUAUGGAUUUAAGUUACUAGCAUUAUUUAUUCAAAGCUACAAUAAAAUAACUUGUUUUGUUACUGUAUUACAGUGGGAGUGUACCCUUUGGUAUUUCAAAGAUCUUUCUACUUCAUCUGAAUUUACCAGUGGAAAAUAUUUUCCUCCACAUGCAAGACAAUCUGAAGUCAAGUGUUUAAAACGGGUACUAUUGACAAAUGUUCAAAGUGGUAUUUGGUUCUUUUGUGUCCCAGAAAAAUAAAACCAGAGGCAGCAAGGUG